AUGGUUCAGCUUUCGGAAGGAGUACCUGCCUUCUGGUCAGCUCACCAGUUAUGGUUGCCCUUUGAAGACACCAAAGUCGCAGAGAUUUUCCUCAAGUGCGUUGAGAAAUCCGGCGAGUCCUUGAAAGGCUUAAGUCACAUACUCUGCAACACAUUUGAGGAGCUCGAGUCGCCAUUUCUUGAUCUCAUCAACAAUGCAAUUCCAAUUGGUCCUCUUCUCCCAGCCAACAAAACCAAGCAACAACCAUCUUCCGUCGGGGCUCAGGAUUGGAGUUGCAUCGACUGGCUCAAUCAGCAGCCCACUUCCUCCGUCAUCUACGUCUCACUAGGAAGCACCACGGUGCUUAGCCAGCACCAACUUGGUGAACUCGCCUUCGGGCUUGAGCACACCGGCCGACCGUUCCUUUGGGUCUCUAGACCUGACAUCAUGGACAGUUCCAGUGGUGCCGUGUAUCCGGAAGGAUUCAUGGAUCUAUUUGCAACUUGUGCACUUAUUGUUGGAUGGGCUCCACAAAAGGAAGUACUCGCUCUUAACAAAAAUAAAGGAAACAGCCCAACGGUUCUCUCCGCAAUAGAAGUCUUGACUCACUGUGGCUGGAACUCGACCAUGGAAGCAGUGUGCAAUGGAGUCCCCAUGUUGUGUUGGGCUUACUUUGGCGACCAGUUUCUUAAUCGAACCACCAUAAUUGAGGUGUGGAAGGUGGGCUUGGAGUUGGAGAAGGAGGAUGAUGGGACUAUUGGAAAAUAA